ACUGCGACAUCUAUAUCUUUCCGGGUACUAACUGCUGCAAUGGCGACUUGUAGUUCCACUAAAAAUGCUAAGAAUUUGCUCCAGUUCUUAAAAUUUAUGGGUCAGCUCAAGAGGUUACCUCGUACUGGCUGGGUUUAUAGAAAAGUAGAGAAACCAGAGAGUGUGGCGGACCAUAUGUAUCGGAUGGCCAUCAUGGCCUGUCUGACAGAAGACAAGAAACUUAACAAGGACAGAUGUAUUCGACUUGCACUUGUCCAUGAUAUGGCUGAAUGCAUUGCUGGAGACAUUACACCGACAGAUAAUGUUAGUAAAGAGGAAAAACACAGAAUGGAAGAUGACGCUAUGAAGCACUUGACUAGUCUAUUAAGUGAAGACAUGAAAAAAGAAAUCUAUGAACUUUGGGAAGAAUACGAGUACCAGUCAAGUGAAGAAGCAAAAUUUGUAAAACAAUUAGAUCAGUUUGACAUGAUUCUCCAAGCAUUUGAGUAUGAAGAAUUAGAAAAAAAACCUGGAAGACUUCAAGAGUUUUUUGAUUCCACAAAAGGUGGUUUCCAUCAUCCAGAAAUGGUACAGCUUUUGUCGUGCCUCAAUACAGAUAGAAAUGCCAAGAUAGCUGCAAACAGCCCUGAAACUCAAGACUUAGAAAUUAAUGAUUUAGAAACCAGUACAACAAGCAAGUCAAGCUGAUAUUGUUAUUUAUUUAAUAAAUAUUUAAUGUUUUACAUAA